AUGGCAUUUUUUAGUAUACCUUCGUGUCCAACAUGCAUUCGCCGUUUAGCUGGAGGGGCGCUUCAACAAAUUCGAGGCAAGAAAAGGACUCGGAAGGUUCCUACAAUCACUGUCCAAUUGACGAGGGAUGUUCCAAAGUUUGGCAAAAAAGGGACUGUCCUACAAGCCUCGAGGGGGAGAAUGAGAGUUGUAUUCAGGUUUCCCCAAGGGGUAGCGGACUAUGUUACUAGGCAUAUGCUGAAGAGCAUGCCAGCUGGUACCCUCAAGCCCCGAGAUCCCAUGUUCAUGAACGUUGCGGUUGAGAAGAAGAAACCCAAGGUCGCGAUUGAACUGCUUACACCUACGCAAACAAUUGCACUUCUUGACUCAUAUCUUCCUCCGAACCUCAUGUUCUCCCGCUCUACGAUCGCUCCAAAUGAAUCUGCUAUUCACGGCUCAGUUACACUCACCGAUAUCGCGACUGCUGUAAGGAAUAUUGCCGUGGCAAACGGAAAGGAGGGAUCACGAAUCGUGGUCACUCCUGAAAAUGUUAAGUUUGCAGGUAAGGGCGUAGAGGGGGACAAGCUUAAGUCACUCGGGACGUUUGAUUUCGAGAUCAGCGUGAAGGGGGCAAAUGACUUCGUAAGACGAAAGGUCAUGAUUGUGAAGCAAGAGGAGGUAUAGGAAACAAUAGGUGACCCCGUGGAGCGGCGAUCAGAUCCAUUAGAGAUCCAUUAGGAUAAUCUUCCUCACCCUUCUUUCCCUCACAAAACCCGGCUCGCUCUGAUUUCCGCUUUAAGCCUCACAUUCCGCAGACUAAAAACUAUUUGAUAAAUCUACUCGUAUAUGCACAUAAAAUAGCUUAAGUCAUUUGUACAAAAGU